AAGCGGGAGGAGGAAGCUAGCGUUUUUUUCUUUCACUGUCUAUGUUUUUGUUGAUGUUUCUUGGGGAAGAAAACGCUCCACAGGAUGGACAUGGCCACGUCUUUAAAGUCUCUGUUGCUGGCUGUCCAGCAGUACAGAGACGGCAGGACAGCGCAAAACGCAGCGCAGCUACAGAAACAAGUGGAGGAGGUCUCAGGCCUUAAAUGUGACCAGCUGCUGUCCUCAGGCCAGGUCCUGCCCCGGGAGUGUGUGAGUGGGCUGGUGGAGCUGGCUGGAAACCCGAACACCAGCCAGACCCUGACCAGCUCCAUCAUCUCCCUGCUGGCAAAACUGGCCUGCGAUGAUGACAGUCGGGAGAUUCUGAACAGCAGCUACAACCUCACCAGCACCCUGGCGUCUGUCAUCCACUGCCACAGCGCCACAGCUGGAGAGCCCCUGGUACUGCAGUGUUUGCAGGUGCUGCAGAAACUGACGUACAACACUCGCGUCUUCCAGUCUACAAACUACAUCCAUGAGCUCAUCGCUUUCCUCAUGGCCAACAUCCAGUCUCAGAACGAGGACAUCAUCGUGCCGUGCCUCGGCCUCAUGGCCAACUUGUGUCGAGACAACCACUCCGUGCAGAGCCACAUCAAGUCUCUGGACAACGUGAAGCGAUUCUACCGGACUCUGAUCAACUUCCUGGCUCACAACAGUCUGACCGUGGUGAUCUUCACCUUGUCCAUCCUGGCCAGCCUCACUCUGAACGAGAAGGUCGGAGAGAAGCUCUUUGAUGCUAAGAACAUCCACCAGACGUUCCAGCUCGUGUUCAACAUCAUUGUGAACGGCAACGGCACUCAGACAAGAAAAUACUCCGUUGACCUCUUGGUGGACUUGUUGAAGAACACCAAGAUAGCAGAUCACCUCACAAAGUAUCAGCACUUCUCAGCAUGUGUGUCUCAAGUUUUAGGACUUCUACAAUCCAAAGACCCCGACUCUGCAGGAAAGGUGCACACGCCAUUUAACAUGUUACAUAUUAUUCUAAACUCCUGUCCACAAAAGGACUGUAAGGAGGUGGACUCAGGAGGUUUGAGGAGGCACUGCAGACUGUUUGGGAGUCUACAGACUGGAGCGGGGCUCUGUGAGCACAGGGAGGACAUCGACAACAUGGCUGACUGGUUGGAGCUCUUUUUGGGGCCCGUGCCGGGUUUAGGGGUGCGUUUUCUUCUUUUUGGGUGGUUUUCCGACCCCGGGGAAACCCCCCUAGAGCAGCAAGGGCCCCACAAGGGCCGGAUGGAGGGGGGGGGACGCAAAACCCGGCCCCGGGGUCGCCCCGGGGUUUGGGGAAAAAAAGAAGGACUGGGGGAAACCCGCUUUUACAGAAUGUUACAGGACCAGAGGAUCGUGACCCCCCUCUCGCUGGCCCUGACGUCCCAGCACAGAGAGCGUGUGCAGACGGGACUCUCUCUGUUGUUUGAAGCCACACCUCUACCAGACUUCCCCUCUCUGGUUCUGGGAGAAAGUAUGGCUGCCAACAACUCCUAUCGCCAGAGGGAGGCUGAGCUGUCUGUUAAACGCGUUGCAGUGCAGGAAGUCCCGCCUUUCAGCAUACUGGACUGCUCCAGUGGUUCCAGCAGGAGCGUCCACAGCCUGGUUGACAAGAUACAGAACGGCUUAGAGCUGCAGGAACCGGUGAAGGACUCGCAUGUGUCGGAGAUCAUCGAUGUUUAUGAACAGAAGCUCUCUGCAUUUGCGUCUAAGGAGAGUCGUCUGCAGGACUUGUUGGAUGCGAAGGCUCUGGCUCUCUCUCAGGCCGACCGCUUAAUCGCUCAGUACCGCUUCCAGCGAGCUCAAGCUGAGGCUGAGGCCUGUAAGCUGGGCUGCCUGCUAAAGGAGGCGGAGCGACGUCGGGAGGACCUGCAGGGCGAGCUGAGCAGCCAGGUGCUGGAGGUGGAGCGGUCCAAGGCCGACAUGGAGGAGCUGCUGCAGCACAACGCCCGGCUGCAGCAGGACUCAGAGGAACACCAGGCCCUGAAAGGAGCCUACAACAGCCUGCUCAACAGGUUCAAUGAGAGCGAGCGGCUGCUGAAGGAGCUGCAGGCGGCUCACAUCUCGCUCACCAAGCAGAACGACGCUCUGAGGAAGAACCACGAAGCACUGCAACUGCAGCACGAAAAGAUGGCGUCGGUGUUGGAGGAGAGAGAGGAGGAGAUCAGAUCCCUCCGGUCAGAUCUACAGCAGAAGAACAGCGACAUCACAGGUCUGCGCGGGGAACUGCGUGCCGAGGAGGAGAAGGUGAAGGAGAAGGAUCGAGAGAGGAGAGAACUGGAGGAGACGGUGGAUGUUCUGAGGAAGGAGCUGAACAAGACGGAGCAGGCCAGGAAGGAUGCCAGCAUCAAGGCGUCGUCCCUGGAGCUGCAGAAGAGUCAGCUGGAGACCAAGCUGAAGCAGAAGGAGGACGAGCUGAGCAAACACUCGUCGAUGAUCGCCAUGAUCCACAGCCUCAGCAGCGGCAAGCUGAAGAGCGACGUCAACCUGUCGCUGUGAGGACGCACGGCCACGCAGAUGAGUGACAAACACAACAUCGUAGACUUAAAAAAUGGAUUGGACAAGGAUAUGAAUUUUGUUUUUUAAUCUUAGUGACUUAAUUUUAAGGUCAUGAUGUAAUCUUUGUAUGUGUUUUUUAUUUAUUUGGUAAAUAAAUGAUGGAUCUGUAUUAGUACUGGAUUUCUGAUCCAGAUCAAAUGUACGUGUGUGAUAGUGAGUCGGAGCUGAUUUAACUUUAAUAUCAAAUUAAAUUUGUGUAGGUUACAUGCAAA